UUUAGCUUGUCUGUUUCCAAGGAGACAGUUGACAACCGUUCCCGUUCUGGGUUGCUGAACAAGAUGCCUGCAAUGUCGGUUUUAGUCUACUGGGUCUCCAGGAGGUUUCAUAACGUGUUGAAGUUCCUGGGCCUGUACAAAAAGACAGGCAAGCUGGUCUUCCUGGGUCUGGACAAUGCGGGCAAAACAACUCUACUGCACCGGUUGAAGGAUGACCGACUUAGUCAGCACGUGCCCACACUGCAUCCAACGUCUGAAGAGUUGACAAUCUGCGGCAUGACCUUCACCACCUUCGAUCUGGGAGGACACGUGCAAGCUCGGAGAGUGUGGAAGAACUACCUGCCUGCGGUGAAUGCCGUGGUCUUCGUGGUGGACUGUGCGGACCACGACAGGCUGGAAGAGUCCAAGAUGGAACUGGACGCCCUGCUGGCGGACGACACCAUCGCCAACAUGCCCAUCAUGGUGCUGGGGAAUAAAAUCGACCGGCUGGAGGCCAUGAGCGAACGCGGCCUGCGAGGGGCGCUCGCUCUGGACAUGCAAGUCACAGGAAAGGGAAGUGUGAUGCCCAAGGAUGACAAUGCGAGACCCCUGGAGGUCUUCAUGUGUAGCGUGUUGAAGAGACAAGGCUACGGCGAAGGAUUCAGGUGGCUGUCGCAGUACAUUGACUGAUGACUCGGCAGAUUUUGGACUCUUUGGAACAAUAUAUGCAUCAUUGUAUUAUUAUUAUUAUUAUAAUAUAUGCAUCAUUGACAUGAACACACAACAAACACAAUCUAAUAAUGCGGAGUAUUUGGAACUGGACACUUCAUAGCAAUACUGUCCAACAAAAAAACUCAGAUUUGUGAUUUUUGUAAUUUUUCUCUCCAAAUUAAAUAGGAAAAAAUAUUCUGAUAAUUUUAUAAACAUAUAUAUACACAUCAUGUAGUAAGAUGUCCAUAAUUAUCGGCCCGAUAUCACCCUAAAAAUGUGAUAUCGGUCGAUAUCGGGAUUGGAUUUUUUUUCCCCCGAUCAUGAAAACCGAUAUUUAAAAAAAUUCAGUAUGUGUUCAUUCCAUCACAAGAAAUAUGUCAUGUUACACAUAUCGGUAUUGGAAAUUGAGAGUUGGACAAUAUGGCCAUAAAUGCUGUUAAUAUUUAGUUGAACAGAAAUACAAAUACAAAUUAUUGCUGUCAAACCAUAAUUUUAAAAAUAUAUAUUUUAAAUCCAAAACAUAAGAAAAAUCCAGAUUAAAAAAUGUAUAUAGUUCCUAGUUUUUAAAAUACACAGUAUAAAAGUAAUAGAGUAGUAUAAAACAAUUAUAAAAUGUAUGUUUUACUUUGGUAUUGAAACCACUCGUGUGACUAUAAUUACAAAUAUUUUAAAUUAAUACAUGUAAAAAGUAUUAAUUUAAAAUAUUUGUAAUUAUUUUAAGUGUAUGAUUAAGUGUAUAAUUUUUUUAUUAUAUUAUUUUAUAUUAUUAUAUUAUUUUAUAUUAUUAUAUUAUAUUCAAUAAUAUAAAAAUCUGUUAAAUUUUUAUCUGAAUAUUCAUGUUUGGGAUUUAAAGAAAAAAAACAGUAGUCACUAUUAAAAAUAAUGAAACUAAUUUGUGGUUAAAAAGAAGCAAAACAUUUGAAUAUAAUUACACUGUAUGGGCAGUAAAUUGUUGAAAUAUAUUUCUAAAAUAUAAUGUAUUAAACUCAGUAUGAUGAUGCAGCAGAUGCCUUCCUAAAGUAACAGUAUGAUUUUAAUUUUACAUUACUAAAAUGUUUUUGUCUUGCCUAUAGCGACUGUAAUUAGCAUAUAAGAUGCAAGCGCAACACGUGAUACAUCCUGUAAAUGAAUAUCCAUAAUAUAUCCAGCAUGCUUUGUGGACAAGGUCACAUCCUCUCCUAAUGAAAUGCAGGGUUUUGCCAUAUAAAGACUUUACAGGCGAUGUUGAGAGUUGUAUUAUGCAUGUAAGCUCGUGUAAUGGAUGUAAAAUAAAUGUAAAUAUAUGUAAA